CACAAGCCCCGCGCUCCCUCCCGCGCUGCCCCCACCGCGUGACCGCAGCUGCCUUGGCAACCCUACGCCGCCGCCGCCGCCGCCGCCUCUUCACGCACGUCGCGAACUAACGGACUCGGCGGCGGCGGCGGCGGCGUGUGCCCCACCCCCACCCCAUCUGGACCGCAUCGCGGACUGUGUCCCGACCUGCGCCUCCUAGGUCUCUGAAAGAAGAUGAAUUUGGCUGAGAUAUGUGAUAAUGCAAAGAAAGGAAGAGAAUAUGCCCUUCUUGGAAAUUACGACUCAUCAAUGGUGUAUUACCAGGGGGUGAUACAACAGAUUCAGAGACAUUGCCAGUCAGUAAGAGAUCCAGCUAUCAAAGGCAAAUGGCAACAGGUUCGGCAGGAAUUAUUGGAAGAAUAUGAACAAGUUAAAAGUAUUGUCAGCACUUUAGAAAGUUUUAAAAUCGACAAGCCUCCAGAUUUCCCUGUGUCCUGUCAAGAUGAACCAUUUAAAGAUCCUGCUGUGUGGCCACCUCCUGUUCCUGCAGAACACAGAGCUCCACCUCAGAUCAGGCGUGCCAAUCGAGAAGUAAGACCUCUGAGGAAGGAGAUGGCAGGAGUAGGAGCCCGGGGACCUGUAGGCCGAGCACAUCCUAUAUCAAAGAGUGAAAAACCUUCUACAAGUAGGGACAAGGAUUAUAGAGCAAGAGGGAGAGAUGACAAGGGAAGGAAGAAUAUGCAAGAUGGUGCAAGUGAUGGUGAAAUUCCAAAAUUUGAUGGUGCUGGUUAUGAUAAGGAUCUGGUGGAAGCCCUUGAGAGAGACAUUGUAUCCAGGAAUCCUAGCAUUCAUUGGGAUGACAUAGCAGAUCUGGAAGAAGCUAAGAAGCUGCUAAGGGAAGCUGUCGUUCUUCCAAUGUGGAUGCCUGACUUCUUCAAAGGGAUUAGAAGGCCAUGGAAGGGUGUACUAAUGGUUGGACCCCCAGGCACUGGUAAAACUAUGCUAGCUAAAGCUGUUGCCACUGAAUGUGGUACAACAUUCUUCAACGUUUCCUCUUCUACACUGACAUCUAAAUAUAGAGGUGAAUCUGAGAAGUUAGUUCGUCUGUUGUUUGAGAUGGCUAGAUUUUAUGCGCCUACCACAAUCUUCAUUGAUGAGAUAGAUUCUAUCUGUAGUCGAAGAGGAACCUCUGAUGAACAUGAGGCAAGUCGCAGGGUCAAGUCUGAACUACUCAUUCAAAUGGAUGGAGUUGGAGGAGCUUUAGAAAAUGACGAUCCUUCCAAAAUGGUUAUGGUAUUGGCCGCUACUAACUUCCCUUGGGACAUUGAUGAAGCUUUGCGAAGAAGGUUAGAAAAAAGGAUAUAUAUACCUCUCCCAACAGCAAAAGGAAGAGCCGAGCUUCUGAAGAUCAACCUUCGAGAGGUCGAAUUAGAUCCUGAUAUUCAACUGGAAGAUAUAGCCGAGAAGAUUGAGGGCUAUUCUGGUGCUGACAUCACUAAUGUUUGCAGGGAUGCCUCUUUAAUGGCAAUGAGACGGCGUAUCAAUGGCUUAAGUCCAGAAGAGAUCCGUGCACUUUCUAAAGAGGAGCUUCAGAUGCCUGUUACCAAAGGAGACUUUGAAUUGGCCCUUAAGAAAAUUGCUAAGUCUGUCUCUGCUGCAGACUUGGAGAAGUAUGAAAAAUGGAUGGUUGAAUUUGGAUCUGCUUGAAUUUCUGUCAGCUCUUUAAUUUCUGGUAUUUUUGUUUAUGAAAUGUUAAGAAAUUCCUGCAAUUUUUAAAAAACCGGUUUGGAAUUUUUUUUCAGUGGAAUGGUUUUCACUUAAAGGAAAAAAGUCUGAAAGUGUAAAUACUACUAAAUGUAGUUGAGAAAUAAGAACAUUUCAUGGAACGGUUUUCACUUAAAGGAAAAAAGUCUAAAACUGUAAAGAAUACUAAAUGUAGUUGAGAAAUAAGAACAUUUCAUGGCGAGAGUUUGCUAGUCGCCCUCAGCUUUGUGCUGGUAUUCCACAUGUUCCUGCAUUAAUAUUGCACGCCCAAACCAAUCUAUCAGGGAGGCUGAAGAAAGGGAGCAGUGUGCUAUUUUAAGAACCUGUUUACAGAAGAUUUAAAAAGACCCCUAUUUUUCAUUUGCAUUUGUCUUUUUUUUUUCCAAUUCUUUGCUCUGUCAACAUGAGGGUCAUAUCUAUAUAUGUUGACUUUAACAUCAAAAUCGGAUUUGUGUCAAAUUCAUUAUUUAUUAAGAAAAUAAGAGCAUUUUUUGGAAGAAAUGAUGAAUUUACUAGUUAAACCUUUAGAAUGUAUUACUUACUGUUAGAGUCUGUCUUAUGGUUAGAAUUUUUAUGUCCCCCGUCCCCCACCAUUUCUUCUAUUAGCUGUUUA